AUGAAGGACCUCUCAAGUGUUAAAACUGCCAACAUCAAUGCUCAUCCCUCUCCAAUGGGAACACACCAACCCCUCUCCAGACCUCCCCGCACAGGUUCACAAUUCUACCCACCCAAUGUCUUACAAGACGAAGGGGACUGCACAGAUGACAACACCUCUACCCCCACCACCCCCUCACCUAAACCUCAUACCACCAUCUCCCAAUUGCCCCCCUCUGAAUCUGAAGAGAACACAACUACUCCAACACUCAACUCUCUCAUCUUUGAGAAGGACACAAUGGUUGAGAUGCCCCUUGACACCCUCCACUCAUCACCUGCGCAGACUCCUGCACCUGCAGAUGAUGAUGAAAUGACAGACCUGAUCAUUUCCAGCCCACCCCCUACCAAACCUGCUUCUAAUGGCACCAACUCCCUCACUGUCAUUCCUCAGUUCACCCCUGUCCAAAUUGGUGGCUUCCCACACAUCCACCUUGCCCAUGCAGCCCAACUCUUUGACUACCAAGCAGCCAAGGUCAUCAUGGCCUGGCUCAAAGUCCCUCACCCGAAAAUCUUGGUGAGAGUCUUCGACCAUGACGGGAAGAACCCCUCUGUCAAAGGUCCCAUUCUUGUAGAACGACUGCAAAAAGCUGUCUUGAACAUUGCCCACUUUGUCCAUCAAGAUGACCAGGAUGUGAAGGUGUCACCACCCUGCCCUGAUGCCAGCAAAGAAGAUGCAGACUUCCCCCUCAGCUUCCUAGUAUACAACAUCUCUGACGAAACCAAGUCACUCAUCCUUAACCAGCACGUUUGGUCCUCACCUGAAAUCUCUUUCACUGCGCAUCUCUUCAGAGUGAACUCUCCCCCCCUACUCCUCUUCUGCCUGCACAGUUUCUCCACCACAGAUACUGCUACAGUCAAGACCACCAUCCAUGAAGUCUGGUCAGAAGAUGUUACCAGAUGGGACAUCUGUGACAUCAUGUCCGAAAGCGACAUCCCCAAAGAAUGUAUCCAUGCUGCCGUGUGGGACUUCAUCAACACCCUAUGGGUAGAGCACCUUGAUUUUAAGGUUAGUGGAGGCAUCCUUCUCCCACGCUACAACAUUUUUGCAGUUAGCCCCACCAAUAACCCCACAGUAUGGACAAAACUCAGAGCAUAUCUCCACUCUCUCACCUAUCCCUCUGAACUCGAGGGAAGUGGUACAGCAGUCAACUUUAUGCUGUGCACCCUCUGCCACUCGAUUGCCCACCCCCACGGGCUCUGCCCAUUCCCAAAUGUUCCACUCUGGAACGGGCCCAAGCAUAGUACCAACUUGAGACCCAACUUAAUGAACCAGAAAGGGAAAGGCAAAGGAAGGAGGUACCCAGGCAAUGGUCUCCCUAACUAG